GAGAAGGGUUUUUCUAUUUAUUAAAAAAAAAACGCAGUCUUGAUGAGUUUGAGAGGAGGCUCUCUUGGAGUAGAGAGCCUACCUGUUCAUUCAAGAACCAGUACCAUCAUUUCUUGUUGAUACAUAAAGGGUUUUUUGUAUUUCUUGUUUUUUUUUCUGUAAUAGAUUUUGUGAUUGGGGUUUGUGAUUGUAGUAACAAAGAGAUGGAUAGUAGCAAGUAUGUGAGGUAUACACCAGAACAAGUGGAGGCUUUGGAGAGGGUUUAUGCAGAAUGUCCAAAGCCAACUUCUUUGAAGAGGCAUCAGCUCAUUAGGGAAUGCUCCAUUCUUUCAAAUAUUGACCCUAAACAGAUCAAAGUCUGGUUUCAGAACAGAAGAUGUCGUGAGAAGCAGAGGAAGGAGGCAUCUCAUCUCCAGACUGUUAACAGAAAGCUUACUGCUAUGAACAAACUGUUGAUGGAAGAGAAUGACCGAUUGCAGAAGCACGUUUCACAUCUUGUGUAUGAUAAUGGCUACAUGCGACAGCAGUUGCAUACUCAGGUUAACAGUACGGCCACGGAUACCUGCUGUGAGUCUGUGGUCGUGAGUGGUCAGCAGCAGCAACAAAACCCAAUGCCUCAGCAUCCUCAAAGGGAUGCUACCAGCCCAGCUGGUCUUCUAGCAAUAGCUGAAAAGACCCUGGCAGAGUUCCUUAGUAAAGCUACUGGAACUGCUGUCGACUGGGUGCAGAUGAUUGGGAUGAAGCCUGGUCCGGAAUCUAUUGGCAUCGUCGCUGUUUCCCGCAACUGUAAUGGUGUUGCAGCACGAGCUUGCGGCCUUGUGAGUCUAGAGCCCAUGAAGGUUGCUGAGAUCCUUAAAGAUCGUCCUUCUUGGCAUCGCGAUUGCCGUUGCCUUGAUAUACUGAGUGUAAUACCUACUGGAAAUGGAGGGACUAUAGAGCUCAUAUACCUGCAGACUUAUGCACCAACUACAUUGGCACCGGCUCGUGACUUUUGGACAUUGAGAUACACUAGAAGUUUAGACGAUGGAAGUCUUGUGGUAUGUGAAAGAUCUUUGACGUCUACCACUGGAGGCCCUGUUGGGCCUCCUGCUACUAGUUCUGUUAGGGCAGAAAUGCUACCAAGUGGUUUCCUCAUACGGCCUUGUGAGGGCGGGGGCUCAAUCAUCCACAUUGUUGACCAUAUUGAUCUCAAUGCUUGCAGUGUUCCCGAAGUCCUCAGACCACUUUAUGAAUCGUCCAAGAUCCUUGCUCAGAAAAUGACAGUGGCUGCCUUCCGAUACAUAAGGCAGAUAGCACAAGAAACCAGCGGAGAAAUUCAAUAUGCUGGAGGUCGGCAACCUGCCGUUUUGAGGGCAUUUAGUCAGAGAUUAUGCAGGGGAUUCAAUAAUGCGGUUAGUGGAUUUAUUGAUGAUGGUUGGACAAUUAUGGGUAGUGAUGGUGUGGAGGAUGUAACAAUUGCUGUAAACUCAUCACCAAGUAAGUUCCUUGAUGCACAAUACAACACCUUGUCAAUUCUCCCCACUUUUGGAGGAGUCUUGUGUGCAAGAGCAUCAAUGCUUCUUCAGAAUGUUUGCCCUGCUUUGCUUGUCCGGUUCCUUAGGGAGCACCGUUCGGAGUGGGCUGACUAUGGAGUUGAUGCUUACUCUUCUGCAUCUCUUAAAGCCAGUCCCUAUGCUGUCCCUUGUGCCAGACCUGGGGUCUUCCCCAGUAGCCAGGUCAUUUUACCUCUUGCUCAGACUGUGGAGCAUGAGGAGUUUCUUGAGGUUGUUCGGCUAGAGGGUAAUGCUUUCUCUCCAGAGGACAUAGCUUUAUCACGGGAUAUGUAUUUGUUACAGCUAUGCAGUGGAAUUGAGGAGAGUGCCACAGGUGCCUGUGCUCAGCUUGUUUUUGCACAUAUUGAUGAAUCUUUUGGUGAUGAUGCUCCGUUGCUUCCAUCUGGUUUCUCUGUCAUUCCACUGGAGCCUAAAUCAGAUUCUCCCAGUGCUGCUCGGACUUUGGAUUUAGCUUCAACUCUUGAAGCUAGAACUGGUGGGACACGACCAGCUGGUGAAGUUGAAGGAAGCAAUUACAACCAUCGUUCAGUCUUGACAAUUGCAUUCCAGUUUGCUUUUGAAAAUCACUAUCGAGAAAAUGUAGCUGCUAUGGCUCGCCAAUAUGUGCGAAGCAUUGUAGGCUCUGUUCAGAGAGUUGCUAUGGCUAUUGCACCCUCUCAACUCUGCUCUCAGUUGACACCUAAAUCCUUCCCUGGCUCACCAGAAGCUGUCACUUUGGCGAGAUGGAUUUGCAGGAGCUAUAAGGAUCAUACUGGAGGAGAAUUGCUACAGGUAGAUUCACAAGCUGCCGGUGAUGCUGUUCUGAAACAACUAUGGCACCAUACCGACUCAAUAAUGUGUUGCUCUGUCAAAAUGAAUGAUUCUGCAGUUUUUUCAUUUGCAAACCAAGCAGGACUUGACAUGCUUGAAACCACUCUAAUAGCUCUUCAGGAUAUAAUGCUUGAUAAGAUCCUAGAUGAAGCUGGUCGAAAGGUCCUCCUUUCAGAGUUCCCCAAGAUUAUGCAGCAGGGCUUUGCCUAUCUGCCGGCAGGGUUAUGUGUAUCGAGCAUGGGGAGGCCAGUGUCGUAUGAGCAAGCUGUUGCAUGGAAGGUCCUUACUGAUGACAACUCCAAUUACUGCCUUGCUUUCAUGUUUUUAAACUGGUCUUUCGUUUAAGUUUAAAACAUAUGAUCUGUGUAAGGCUGUGGCAUUAGCUAUCUGACUCGUUACAAGUUAUUUUGUACUAAACAAUGUCUUACUCCAGUGGCGGAGACAGAAAUCCUUGAGGAUUCCAACAUGUAUAUGAUGAAUGAAAACAUUGUUUUUAUCUUA